AUGAAGUUCUCCGCAACAGCCGUCCUCGCCAUAGCCCUCUCCAUCACCAGCGUGCUGGGGCAACAGACGCAGGUAUUAAAGCAAGGUCAACCCACCUGCACGGGCAACUACUUCAAGAUGAUGAACCUCAACCGCAAGUGGAUGAUCCACGCCAUGGUCCCCGACGUCGACAAGAUCCCCGACAUCUGCGGCGGUCUCUGGGACAACCUCAAGAAAUUCCCGGUAUGCGCCCCGAGCCCGGACUCCGGCUGCGAGAACAAGUGGGAGGGCAUCAUGACCUGGCGCUUCGCGACGGUGGGGAUUUGCAACGAGGGUAUGGUCGGUGCCGCGUGGUGGGAGGCCACCAGGAACAAGUUUGGCCCACUCAAGUGUACGAGCAAGAAGAGGAUGUGA